AUGUUUGAGACGGAGGAAGGGGAAGGACCAAGGGGUGUGCUCAAGGUCAACGUAGAGCAAGAUCAACUGGAGAUGCCGGUCCACAGCCAGGUGAGGAAGAUCAAGCAGGAGGACGAGACGGCAAGGGAGCUCCUCCUGAGGCUCCAGCUGCUGGAGAUGAGGUCGCUCACCGGCUUCCGCGAGCUUGUGGCGCGGCAGGCCUCGCCGUCGCCCCUUCGCCGCUCUGGGCAUCAUGGCAAUCUCGGUUGA